UUUACAGGGCGCUCUUUAUUUAUCGCGAGCUCUGUCUUUUAGGGCUUAUUUGUGAAGGGCCCUGUCUUACAGAUAGUUUGCAGGUCGGCUCGGUCUUGGGAUGCAGGAAUAGGGAAAAAAGCAUUGAAAGUGCCGUUAAUGUUUUGCAUGGCGAGCUGCUGAAUACGAACCAGUCUCACACCAUGACCAUCACCUUGCCCUUGUGAAAGCAGAUAUGGAUAAAGUUUUCAAAGCUGAUAGAAAAUUGAAAGCACUCACAUCCUGUGACGAUGAACCUACCCUGGAAGAGAGGGCCCAGAGAAUUGCCAAAGCUGUCCGCAAACAGUCAAUAGAAAUGAAGGAAAAUUGGGAGCAAUUGAAAACCCAUGCGAGCAACUGGCAGAAACAGCUGGAAAAGGCGUUGGAGAAACUUCAAGAACUGCAGAAAGCUCUGGAUGAUCUUGAGGCUCAUGUGAUAACAGCUGAGGGGGUCCGCACUGAUCGGCAACCUGUGGGUGACCUGCUUAUUGACUCAUUGCAGGGUCACAUUGAUAAAACCACAACCUCUCCAAACAAGGAGCUGAACCCACAGAUUUAUGUGACCAACGAAGCCUGAGCCUUUUGCUUCACAAUGCAGUCCAGAUCCCUCGGCAGCUGGGUGAGGUACCUUCAUUUGGAGGCAGCAACAUUGAACCAAGUGUCCGCAGUUGCUUCCAACAUGGCCAGAACAAACCAGAGAUUGAUGUUAAACACUUUGUAGAGUGGAUGAGAUUGGAGCCUCAGUCCAUGGUGUAGCUGCCUGUUCGACACCGUGUGGCAGCUGCUGAAACUGCAAAACAUCAGGCUAAGUGUAACAUCUGCAAAGAGUACCCACUCGUAGGUUUCAGGUGCCGCAGCCUCAAACACUUAAAUUAUGACAUCUGCCGAAGCUGUUUCUUUUCGGGACGCACAUCCAAGGGGCACAAGUUACAUUACCCAAUGGUGGAGUACUGCACUUCA